UGCUCUGUGUACCUCAGACACAGCAGAUCACCGAUCCACGGAAAGAGCCUAAGAUGUCAACUCGGUCAUGUGAUCAGCUGUGUCCAAUCACAGCUGAUCACAUAAGUGCCACCUGUCAGAGUCCAUCAGUGCCAGCUGAACAGUGCCACGUGCCAGUGCCCAUCAGUGCCACAAUGCCACAUAUCAGUGCCUAUCACAUCAAUGCCACAAAUCAGUGCCUAUCUGAGCUGCCCUUCAGUGUCAGCCAUCAGUGCCACCUAUCAAUGCCAAUCAGUGCCAUCUAUCAGUGCUGCUAAUCAGUGCCACCUAUCAGUGCCAGUCAGUGCUGCCUAUUAGUGCGCAUCAGUACCGCCAAUCAGUGCUAUAUAUUAGUGCUAUAUAUCAGUGCUGCCUUUCAGUGCCCAUCAGUGAUGCUUGUCAAUGCUGCCCAUCAGUGCCAGCUACCAGUGCCUCCUCAUCAGUG